AUUAACCGUCGACAAAUGCACAUGAACCAUUGUGUGAAUACCACUUUGGAAGGUAGGCAGCUGAGAGGAGAGAAAAAAAGCUCUAACAUUGUUGGCCAGACAUGCCCGAUGUGUGGUGUUAAAAUGUCAAAAGAGAAAUUUGCUUCACAUGUAAGGAAGUGUGCGAAGUCAUUAAAAUACUCGGAUCAACAGUUAAUGAAAAUUCUGCAAACUCAGGGGAUCAGUACAGAACAACGCAGUAAUAAAAUGUCCGCUGCUCAAAGAAAAAAACACUUUAAAUCAAACAUAAAAAAAGGACAGCUAUCGACAAUAAUAAAACCUAGAGACAAAGAAGCAACAAACGAACACAUUAAAACGCAAGCUAAAUCGAUUUUAACCGAAAGUACGAGUGCACAUCACAUUCUAUCCACGCCUCCAUCCACGCCUGCAAUGAAGAAAAGUUUGAUUGGGAAAAUGAACGCAACAGAAGAAACGUCAUCUCAUACGUCUGUUAAUGAGGCUCCUCAAAAACCAAACCAUACUGUAGCUUUGAUUAAGGACUCUGGUUGUAAAUUGUGGAACUUGUCGUCGUUUGACAUGAAAACCAACAGAACGAAUUUUGUAGUGAGUGCUUUAAAGGAUAAACUAGGUGUUCAGCCAAGUUUGCAAAGUGAAAAUGAAAUUCAACAAAAUGUUGUACAAAUAGCGGAUGAAUCUUUCACUGAUACACAAUGUGAUAAACUUGAUAUUUUGAUGGCGCUGAAUUCGUCUAUAGAACAGAAGAAGAACGAUAAUGGUUUCAUCUUUGAUAACACCGAGGAUAAGCUCAGCGAACUCCACAAACAAUCAAAUCAGAAGCUGUUGGAAGAUUUCACAGCGUUAUUACAAGAAUCGGUUCCGUAUGAUUUUACCUUUCAUUGUAAAGAUGGCGUAAAUGUGUCAUGUCAUAAAUUUAUGCUAGUGACGAGAUGUCAUACGUUCAGAGAGAUCAUUUUAAAUGGAGAAGAUGAUGCUAUCGUAAGCGAUAUCUCUUCUGCAGCUGUGAAUGCGUUUAUCAACUACAUAUAUUGUGGAGCAGUUAAUUUCUUACAUGUUUUAGAUGAAGUUUAUGUUUUGGCGAACAGAUAUAAUUUAGAUUUCUUAACGCAAGCGUGUAUUUUUCUAAAGCCAACACUACACGACAAAAAUGAUACCAGUCACAACAGUCAACAGUCAACAGAUGUUGACAAGCUUGUGAGCACAUUUUGGAAGAAGAAAGAGUUUGACAAUGACGCAGAGGUUAAUGAACUGGAAAAAAGUUGGGGUAUUUUACAGAACAUCAGCAAAGAAGAUAACGACGUUGGUAGAGAUUCGUCCUUUUCUGAAAAUGAACUUGCCUUAAUGAAGGAAGUGUUUCAAACACAAGCCCAACUUGAAAAUUCUAUUAAUAAAGAAAAUGUUGAUGACGACACUACAAGCCAGGCUGAUUUUGAAAGUACAGUUAUGUUAAACGAGAAACAACAAAGUGAUUCUCCAACAUCAACCGUCAACGUACUAGUUCCAGACUCCUUUGAAAUUUCUCCAGUUUCUACUAGCAAAGAUAAUUUUGCGCAAGUAGGAUGUUCACCAGUUCAAUCGGAUGCAUAUCAACAUGAUAAACAUAUAUCUUCUUAUGAAGAUGAUCACUGUGAGAAUGCACCUCAAGUCGAAGUAAUUGAAGUGCAUGGAUCUCCCAGUGAAACAGCAGUGGAUAAAAUGGAAAAGAGUAUGGAUUACAUCUCACCUUCAGCUACACCCAUACCACUCUCUUGUGAAACUCCUGCCAUCAACACUCCUCUUUGUGUACGUGAUAGACGCCAAGAUGACAAGGUAGCCACUCCACUAAGAGAGCUAAGUUAUGACGAUACUACUGUUGUGAAGGAGUCUAACGAAAAUUCGGAAAUCGAAGUACUGUCUCUAAAUAACACAGCAAUAUUUAAAACUACUGGAACAACAAAACAUGCCGGGGAAUCGUUAGCAAAUCCUCAAGAUAUUUGUGAAUAUACUACACAACGAAACAGCGCUUAUUCUGUAUCAAAAAUUGACGAAAAUACAGGCUUUAGUGUUGCUCCAGCGUACCAAAGUGAUAAAAAGUUUAGUGGGAAUGAAACAUCUGGUAGCGGUGUUUCACCGAGUUAUGUCGAGUCGCCAUGUGUUAUCAGAAAAAGCGAAAUCGUCAGUAGUACGCCAAAUUUAUGUACCAGCAAUCAAAUUAAUAGUUCGUUUGGAAAUAAAGACAUUAAUCACUCUGCUAUAGCUAAGUCUUCUUCCGAAAAGAGAAAUAUGAUUUCUGUUGUACUAGAUUAUUGUUCUGAAAAGGAAGGAAAAACGCGAGAAAAGAAAUUGUCUUCAACUCAAACAAACACUCCUUUUCUUUUGGAGAAGCAGAUGACAAGGAAAAGAUUACACGAGUUUUCAUCCACUGAAAGCAUAUCAAGUGACGAAGAUGGAUACGAUCGCUUUAAGCAGAGAGAGAAAAAGAAAUUAAAAAGAUCAAAUAAGCGAGACAAUAAUGAAAUGAAGAAAUCACAACUGAGCAGCAUAAAUGUAACGAGUUCCGAUGAACAUGUCAGUGAGAAUGAAGUUGUUGAGACUGAUAACUUCGUAUGUACGAACAUCUCACCAGCACGUUUAAAAUCAACCAGUACACCUUCCGGUCGAUUAAAUAAACGAAAGUCUCGUUCUCCAUAUUCACCUGUUGUCACUCCUUCGCAGUGGUUGUCGACUAGCGACAGAAGAUUGUCAACUGAAAAGAAAAAGAAAUGCUCCAGUGUUAAACCUAACAAUGGGAACAAGAAGAAGAAAAAUUCUUUCAAGGACUUAGUGAAAGAAGUGGCGAACGAAGUUAGUAGCACUUCGGUUGAAUCGAUCAGUAGCUCCAGUGGAGAAUGCACAAAUGAACAAGAGAAAAAUAAGGUGUCGAAUUUGUAUGAACGAACCGUUCCGAAUGACAGUGGAGAGAAAUUUGAUUCUUCAAAUACAAACAAGCAGAUAAGCGACGAAAACCAACACCUGCCUUCUUCACAGACUGGUUUUAAACCAGAUGAUGGUAGUGUUAGCAUGCCAGAAAAUGAAUAUAGUAUCUAUUAUAUGGAUGAUGGAGGGUAUAACUCAUUUACAAUAGAACCGGGUACUGUUGAUGAAGAUCAAAAUAUACAUGGAAGCAUCGUAGUAGAAAAUCAAACAAAACCUGGUGAAAAUACUUCAAUUAACCUUGACACCGCAAAGCAAAGGAAAGAAAGCAUUCCAGAUGAAAAUGAUAAUGUUACGAAGGUAGAUGUUUCAAAUCAAACAGAAAAAGACAACAACUUGGCUUUAAUAGCUAAUAUUAAAAGUUUGAAAGCUUUCACGUCGGAUAAAUUUUUAGAACCGUUUCAAAUUGACUCAGUAAAAGACGAUUGUAGUAAGUCGUCAGGCAAUGUAAACAACAAUGUUUCCUUUGAUAAUGCAACACAUAGUCGAGACAAUGAUAGUAUACCAAAUAUUGUUUUUGAGAAUGAUUCGUUCGCAGCGUAUUGUAUGACCAACAAUGAUGUAGCUUCCACUUCCGGUACUGAAAAUAAAAACGCUAAAAUGGUUGAACGCAACACAGCAACACCUGUUGGUGUCAAAAAUACAGCCACCUUUAAAACGCCUAUAUGCACAUCAAUUGCUGCUAAAAACUUUCCCGCUGGCUGUGAUCGUCAUCCAGAAACUAAUGAACCGAUUACACCAAUGCCUGAUUACUCGAAUUACCCUACUCCACAACUGCAGGAAGAAAUAAAAAAAUAUGCACUGCGAGAUAUGGCAAAACCGAAAAUGAUCGCAAAGAUGAAGGAAGUCUAUAAAUUUCAACAUAAUUUUACCAAUUGGGAAGAAGAACCAUGUAAAAAUGUAAAACGAAAACCUAGAAAGAAAAAAGAAGCAAACAACACUAACGAAGAAAAUAAAACAACAGAAGAAAAAGAAGAAAAAGAGAGUGGAAAAAAUCGUAAAAAAGCAGCAACAAAAACUGAAGAAAAUACUGAAGGGCCUUCAACUCAUGAGAUGUUAAACAACUUAAUCAAAAGUGAUCGUUCACUUCAUACAAAAAUCCUUUCUUACGAGCCGCUUGAAUUCUCUGAAGUGUUGAGCUUAAUCGUGGCGAAUUCGAUCAAAUGUAGCAAAAAGAUGCUGGAGAAGUAUUUAGACGAACAGUGUAUAUGCUAUUAUUCAGCGAAAGACGAAAGUCAGAAACCUCGUACACGUAACCAAAGAAAAAAGAAAAAAUAAUGUAUAAUUAGAGAUUUGUUUUAAUUUGUAUUAAUUUAUUUUAUUUUGUAAAUAUUUGUAUUUUCAACAAUAUUUGCAAUCAUUGAC